ACAAAAAAUGAUGUUUUCUAUGUUAAAUUCAUUUGUGAUUAACCACUUUUUUAAUCUUUACAAUUCUCAUACAGCUAUAAUUUCUUCGAUAAUAAAGAAAAUUUUGAAUGAACUGUGAGUGCCAUAGUAUUUAUUAUGGCCACGUCUGAUGCCAUUGCAACUGCUCCAAAUUCUGGCUAUCCAGCUUCUAUAAUAGUGAACAAGGAAGAAUAUGAUUCAGAAAAAUAUGCUUGUCCAGUUUGUAAUAAUUUCAUAAAAAAUGCUAUUCAAAUAUCCUGUGGCCAUCGAUACUGUGAAAAUUGUAUUGAAUAUUUAAAAUCGAAUAAGCAGGAACAUUGUAAACGUUGUAUAGAUGAUGGAGAGCCCAUUUCCGAAGAGAUAUCCUUUCGAGAUGCGUUUCCUGACAAGGCGUUUCGAAGAGAGAUAGGUAACAUUAAAAGUAGAUGUAUGAAUAAACCAUGUUCUUGGGUCGGAAGAAUAAAAGAAUUGGAAAGUCAUCAACAAGCCUGUUCAUAUAAAAUUGUAAUCUGUGAAUGUGGACAACAUAUUCAACUUAAUAAAUAUGAUGAUCAUAGAGCAAAUGAAUGCAUAAAGAGAAAAACUAUAUGCGAUUUAUGCAAAGAUGAAUAUAUUUGGGAAAACAAACAAAAUCACUAUGAUAAUGACUGCCCAAAAAUGACGGUCAACUGUGAUUUAUGUGGAGAGAAAUUAAUGAGAGACGAGCUUUCAUCUCAUCAAGAUAGUUUAACGGGAUCUUGUAAGAGAGACCUGGAGCCUUGCAAAUUUAAUAAUGGAACAACUCAUAGGAUAUUUUUAAAAAGGAAAGAUAUGGAAAAGCAUUUGGUCGAUGCCUGUCAUGAACAUAUGAACCUUCUUCACGACAAACUUGCAGCUAUUGAUACAAAUGAUAAUAAUGUACAGGCAGAAAAUCCAAUUUCGACUCAAUCAACUACAGAAUACGAUAAAAAAAUUAACGAAUUAACAACUGAAGUAAUAGAUAUCAGAGAAAGUAUUGAUAUAAUUUUAAAAGAUAUUGGCGAAAUACCAGAAUAUACCAAAGCAACUGGUGAUGUUGUUCAAAGUUCAAAUGGAUCGAUUGAAAAAAAUCUUUUACCCGUUUUUUGUCAAGAAAUUGAGAGAAAUGACGAAGAGAUUAGAGAGCUAAAGACUACAUUUAGAGCCUUUGAAAAGAAGAUUCAUGAUUGUGAAGAUGAUUUAUCUUCAUGGAAAAAAGAAGUUAUUAUGAAAGAUUUAAUUAUUAAAGAACAAAGAUUACUAAUUGAAAAUUUACGUAAUACUUCCUACGAUGGUACCUUAAUAUUUAAACUGGACAAAUUUGAAAGUAAAAAGAGACAAGCCCAAAUGAAUAAACUGACGAGUUACUAUUCUGUUCCUUUUUAUACGAGUCGGACAGGUUAUAAAAUGUGUAUACGAGUUUAUCCUAAUGGAGACGGAAAUGGUCGAGGAACACAUUUAUCAGUCUUUUUUGUUGUAAUGAGAGGAUCUUUCGAUGCUCUACAAAGAUGGCCGUUCAACAAGAAGGUGACUUUUAUUCUUUUAGAUCAAACUGAUCGGGCUGAGCAUGUUACGGAUGCAUUUCGACCUGAUCCAUCUAGUAAUAGCUUUAAAAGACCUACAACUGAAAUGAACAUUGCAAGUGGCUCUCCAGUUUUUAUUUCACAGACCAUUUUGGGUCAAAAGAAAGACCAAUACUUGAAGGAUGAUUGCUUAUUUAUAAAAGUUGUAGUUGAUACAUCAUCUUGA